GGAGGCUCUACUUCUGUUUAAAGAGGCACGUCCAGUUUUUCAUCGUUUUGUCAUCUCAAAUGACCAGUCAUGUGACACUGAGGUAUUAUAAGCGGUGUCGCUGCUUUUUCUUCAUUCUGCCCUGACGUGAGUCGUAACUCAACGCUGGACAAAGAGUAGGUCAUCCAAAAUGCUGCCUUUGGUCAUAUAUGCUGGCCUGCUGGCUCUUGCUUCUAGCAAACCAUGUGAUACAGAAGGAGCAAACCGUGAGCUUCUCCUGUCACUCAACAAAGAUCUCCUCCGCUCUUUGGAAAGUCAGGAAGGACUUCCCAAUCCCAGUGUUCACUUGGCCCUACGUCUCUCCGAUGGCCAUAAUCUCGCCAAGGAGAAUGAACUCCUCAAUAGACUGAAAAGUGAUUUACACAAUGACAUUCAAAGCUCACUCACAAACAGCAAGCCUGUGACUGGAAUCAUGGCGCUGUACAGUCUGGCUUUGAGGUCCUCCUGCUUUGACCUCAACACCAUCACCUUCACCAUCAACGAUAAGAAUGAGACGCUGCUGACACACCUGAAGAAGCAGAUGGAGCCAGAGAAAGAACAUAUUGCCUUCAGCCAGCGCCCUUUGACUAACUAUUACCAGUACAGUCUGGGUGUACUUGCUCUUUGUGUGAAUGGCAUCAGGGUCAACAACCAUGUUAGCCACAAGCUCAUCAAAGCAGUAGAUCAUGAGCACUUCAAACAUGGAGACGCUGAGAGUGUUGAUACCUAUGCCAUGGCUGGGAUGGGACUGCAAUGUGUGAAACACUCUGGUUCUUAUGUGCACAGUGUAGCUGAGCUUGACAUAGCUCUUAGCAAAAUCAAGCAAAAGCUUCUGGCCUCUUAUAGGACCGAUGGUCAUAUUGGCAACGAGUUCAGCACAGGUCUUGCUGUUCAAGCCUUGUUGGCGAUGGGCAGCGAGGUUGCAGAUUGUGCUGCUGCAAUGGAGGCGAUGAGGACAGCUGCCAGAAACAAUAUCUACCACAACCCCAUGGCUGUAUCGCAGAUGUUGCCCGCUCUCCAGAAAAAAUCUUACCUUUCGGUUAAAAGCAAGGAGUGCCUCAAUGAGGAUGACACUCUGUUGCUGGAACCACAAGACCCUGUGGUGGUUUUACCAAGUAAGACCAAAGUGAACGUGAUGGUGGAAGUGGUGACAUCCAGUGGAGAAGCAGGUGUUUACUCUGUGGAUGUGCCAAAGGGAAACUCCUUGUUGGAGGCCCUCGAACUGCUGAAGGGGAAAAAUAUUGGCUUCACGUUUGAGACGGAGUCCAGCCUUUGGGGUCCUUACUUAAGUGCAGUAAACGGAGAACAGGCUAGACAGAGUGACCGCAGAUACUGGCAUCUUUCCUCUGAUGGUGCUGCACUCACUCAGAGUGUCGAUGAUUUCAAGAUUAAGACAGCCCAGAAGAUCACCAUCAAAAACACAAGCUACUAAUGAUUCAAAAAUUAGUUUUUAAAUCCUUUGUAGUAUUAACCUGUGAUUGUCUCAAAUGUUCUGUUGCAGUCAUUAGGGGUUCAUGAAAUGUUUUUCUUGUGACGUAGGUUUUAAUCUUCCAUUAAAUUGUCAUUUAGAAAACUCUUGUUUUUUAGGAUUUUUUAAAUCACUUUGGAAUUUUUAUUAAAAUUUGUUAGAAAUC